UGUUGGGAAAUAUCAUGUUGGUGUUGCAGCGACUUUAUUCCGUCUCUGUCCAGAAGAACCGCCCUGGAUCAGAUGAGCUGUUGUUUCGUUUGGUUUCGGUUUGUCUUCGGGGUUUUUCUGAGGCUUCCUCAUCCGGUCUUUCUUCCGUCAUUUUAUUUCCACAAUCCCCUCUUUCUCUGCUUCCUCUGCGAUCAUCUCGCUUUAUUUUACGCGCAGUGAACUUCGCUCCGAUACGUAUGUUGUUGUUUUUAUGAUCCGCCUCCAACACAGCAGCUGGAAACGAAACUCGGGAGGAAGGAUCGAGCUCACUAUGUCGGACACUUUGAAGCUUAUUUGAGACCAAGGCAUGGACUGUGAGCGGAGUGAUGGAGGUGGAGAAGCAGAGGUGGAGGAUGAGUUUGCGUGUGCUGGGAUGCUUCGUGGAUCUCUGGCCUCGCUGCACGGCACCGUGGAGCGGAUCUUCAGGGUGACGUUUGGGAUCGGAGCGGACGAUUUAUCGAUGGACAACAACGGGCAGAUAUGGCUGAAACUACGAGGGAGGAGCAACGACGUAAAAUCGGCAAAAUUAUUUGUGAAAGGGCUGGUGAACCAGGAGGAGCAGAAGGAGCUCUCGUACCCCGGAGCGCUGCACUGCAUCUUCAGUGGAGCCAGAGGGCUGUUCAUGGACUGCCUGACCAAAAGCACCUCCGCACAUAUAGUGGUUGGCUCUACCGGAUUCCUGCUUAUCUCCGGUCUUGCAGAGCCGGUUGUUCGAGCCUACUCCCUCAUUACAGACAUGGUGGAGCGGUACGAAGGCACACAGUCCAGACGCUCUGAGACUACAGACAGAGGCAUGGGCGAGACUCUGGAUUCACGGCGGGCUUUCAAAAGCCUGGUGGAGAAUUGGGAGGAUAAACACAUCCUGGAUCUUCUGGUUCUCCCGGCAUUAGUGAAGGAAAUCCUGCUGGAGUUGGUAAUAGAAUCGGGGCUUGGAUCAAACCCUACUCCAGAUCUUACAGAUGGAAACGCUGGGGCUAGAUCACUCGAGGAUUCGGGGGUUAGAUGGGACAAACCUUCGUCCGUUACGUACAAACUCCCAGAGUCUCCUGAUCGUUGGGUUGAAGGGAUGACUUCAGCUUCUGGUAAAGACUCUGCCGCUUCCUCAUUCCAGUUGUUGUCUUCAGGGUCCCGAGGAUUGGCAGAGGGUGCUGACGAAAGACUUCUGCUUUCUCCACAAGAGGUUGUAGGACAAAGCGAAGCAGCAUCAAUAAGUACAGAGGUGAAAGACGUACAAGGGGAGGAUGAAGAACAGGAAGUGCUGUUGUCAGUGGGAAACAAAGAGUUCUUGCUUCUUUUAAAGUUCUUCACAGCCAUGGGGUACACAGAGGAGAUUGUUAAGAGAGUCCUUGCCCGAACGGGACCUAAAGAGGCGUCACAGAUACUGGACGUUGUUCAACAGGAGCAGAAUCGCAGUGACCAUGAGGAGGGGAAGAAAACUCAAGACGGCGAUGAAUCCAACCGAAGCGAGAGGAACCGACCUUGCGAGACAGAGCACAGAGAAGAAGAAGAAAUGGAAGUAUCAGGAGGAGAUGUGUUGAUGAGUAGUUCCGAGUUCAAUGAAGCUGGAGCAACGGGAAGAGAUCGACCCAAGGAGAAAGAGAAAGGGCACGAGGAAGACUUUGUUCUGGGGGUGGUGAAGAAAGCGGCAGCCAGCUGUGGGUACACGGAGCAGAAAGUGACCAAACUCUACAACAUGUUGCCGGAUGGAUCCACUCACCAGCUGAUCCUGGAGCUGCAGAGAGAGGAGAGCAAAGAGUUGGUUGCCUUAGGUAAAGUACCAAGAGAGAUGGACGAUGUGGUGAUAGAGAAAGAAGAACCAACAGUGCCACCAUCUGAGGACAAAGCAAAGGAAAUGGCUUUUAUGCCUGCAGUUAAAAGAAAAUCUGAUGAUAAAGGAUGGGGAGAAGUGCCGAAAUCACCUGAAGCCGAGUUCAUAUUCUAUAAACACACAAACUCGCCAUAUCAAGUCUGCCUUCCUGAAGUCAAAGGGCCACCCAUGCCCACAUAUCCUUCAUCUUUUGAUCAUCCACCCACCUUUAACCAAUCCAACAUACAACAUGGUCGAAAUCACUUAUGGCAGAAUCCAUCAACGUCCAGACAAAAGCAUCCAACCCAAGAACCUGCCCUCAACUCAAAGCCCCAUUCCUUCAAACCCUUAAAACAAGCUUUCCAAGUUCCUCAAAACCCCAUCUUCCCAAUCCAUGAUUUGCCUCCCAUCAAAGCGAGGGAAAAGCAAGGCUUCAUGGCCGCUUCCUCAGUCGUGGUGACGGGGGAGCAGCGUUUCCUGGAAGGCCUUCAGAUGCCUUUCGAUCUGAAGCUAAAAGACCAACCUGGUGACCCAAACGUGAGGACGAUCGUCAUCGACGGGAGCAAUGUGGCGAUGAGUCACGGGUUGGGUCACUUCUUCUCCUGUCGAGGGAUCGCUCUGGCCGUCCAGCACUUUUGGGAUCGAGGCCAUCGUCACAUCAGCGCCCUGCUGCCUCAGUGGAGACAGAAGAGCGACCCUAAAAACAAAGAGCAGCACUAUCUGACCGAGCUGCAGAACCUCGGCCUGGUCUCCUACACCCCGUCCAGAGAGGUGCAGGGCAAGAGGAUCAGCUCCUACGACGACAGAUUGAUGCUGCAGCUCGCGCAAAAAUCAGACGGAGUGAUCGUCACUAACGACAACCUGAGAGACCUUUCAGACGAGUCCCUGGUGUGGAGGGAAAUCAUCAAAAAGAGACUUCUUCAGUACACGUUUGUGGGGGAUCACUUCAUGGUGCCGGACGACCCUCUGGGCAGAGGAGGGCCUCAUCUGGACAUCUUCCUACGCUCAGAUCACAGGACCCCAGACCCAGGAAACCACUCUUUUGCCGGUGUUGCCACAGCUUUCCCUUCUUCCAAAGCGCCGCGCUCCCAAACCGAGCUCCUGAACUUCCGCGACCGAACUCCAGGUGGAGGAAGCCGGGGAAAAGCCAGAGGACAUGGAAAGGUGUGGGACUCGGGACACCAGGGGAGACAUUUUGGGGCUUCAGAAAGGACUCUGGAGGAAACAGCCAGUUUGAAAGAACAGCUCUGUCAGGUUUUCCCCGAUCAAGACAACAUGGUGGCGCUGGUUCUGCAGAGCCACCCUUCAGAGACGGACAUGAACGCACUGUCUGAUCUGAUGUUGGAGCACUAGAAGGACUCUUUUAGUCUUACAAGUUAUCGAUGUUUAAUUCCUGUUAAACUUAAUUCCUGACUGUUUUUACGCUGAAGUGUGGCUUGUUUUAAGUGAUGUGAUUGUGUUUCGUACCAAAGCAACCACAACAAAUCCCACUAGUCAUAUGGGUUUCACAAGAAGUCAGCUUGUGAAACUUUCUGUUGACUCAGAUAAGAUUUUCUGCUUUUUAAUACAGAAUCUUAAUCUGAUGUAUUCCCUACUCCAUUUAGCAAAGUUUUGAGAGGCAAGUGAGAUGACAGAUAAAAGAAAUAGACAAUUUAUGACUCAGGGACAACGUUUUUUAACAGGUGAAAUAGCUUUUGUCAGAACCAUUUUGUCCGAUUGAGCAGUUUUAUAAAUCAGACUAAAGGCAUCUUAUCUUCGAUUCAUAAUCCCCGCAUCUACCUCACUUCUAUCCCAUCUUCCUGCACAAUUAGAAAAGUAUUUGUCUGUUGCUGUUGAGAAGGCCUUACACUUACUUACGUACAUAUGGUUUCCCCAAAAAUAUCCCAUAGUGGUCGGGUAGGGAUUCAUCCUUUUGAAACAAGCAAAACUAAUGACAUUCUUAGCAGCUUCUGAUGUAUUUUGUGUUUAAUUCACAAAUAAUAAUAAUAAUAAUACAUUACAUUUAAGUAACGUGUGCUAGUGGAUUGCCGGAGCUGUAUUAGAUUAACAUUACCAUGCUUAUUGUAGUUCUAAGUGCACUGCCUUGCGGCCUGAAGCACAUCCUUGAUGGAGCAUAGUGUGGGCUGGACAGGAAAGGAGUGAGCAGAGGGUCGAGUUGUCCAUUCUUGUUCUGUUUUCUGUGACUAUCUUCCUCACCCUCUCAGACUUUCAGUUGCGCGUGCUACCAUGGAAACUAAACAAUGGUGUAGCUGUAUUAAAGUCCGAGUGGAAACAGUCCUGAGUAAAUGUAAAUCUGAUUUAGUCAGAAAUCGGGAGAAAUGCGGGAGAAAUAUGACCCCGGGAGGAAACCGGGAGAGGGCAAUGAAAUCGGGAGUCUUCCGCGAAAAUCGGGAGGGUUGGCAAGUAUGCUCGCCAGCUGUAAAUCACCGGCGAGCUGAUUACCUAGUUAGCCUUCAAUGUAUACAAUUAUACUAAAGAAAGGGUAAGGGGGGCCUCACCUCCUCAUCUGAAGUGCAAAUGCGGCACAAUAAGUGUAUGCGCGCCACAGUUUCUCCGCCGCUUCGAGGUUCCCCCUCCCCCCCAGCUCGGGACACACAGGGCCUCACCACACAGGGGCGGCCCUGUAGGUAAAUCACUUCGACUUGGUCAUUUUAAAAGUAGCUCCCAAGCUGAAAACGUGUGGGCACCCCUGGCCUACAGCUUCAUAGAGCCACUCAAGUCUUAAAGUGUGAGUCUUUUAAUGUCUUAAAAAACACAUCCAAUGCUCUUUAAAACAUCCGCCUAUCAACACCUUUAUGAGGGUUUUUCAUCCAGCAGCAAUAUUAAACUUUCAGUCAUUUUAUUUUGUGUUAUUGUUCAAAAACCAGCACUUCCUGUUUGCCCUUUGAGCAAAUGGAGUUGGAGUGAUUUUGGUGGUUUGAUGGUUUCAUAUCUUUUAAUCUAACAUUAGCAAUCGGUUGUUGUUUUUUAUUUUACUUGCUAAACUUCAUAUUUCAAAGCUACAUAGCAGUCAAUAAUUAAUCAGAAUUAUUUCAAGGGGUUUAUUGUUGUUUUUCACCGUGUUAGAUGUUAUUUUCCAAUGCUAAAAUAAUAUAAAAUCAUCCUUACAAUAUUGUGUACACUCAAUUUUAUAUAUUUGUAAUUUAUUUUAAACCGGUUCGAUGCUGUUUUGAUCGUAGCUCUGAUCGUACCGAGUGUCUGUGCUUCAGGAGGAGAAACAAAACGAGUUAAUUUUUCAUCCAAUUCUUCGACUGAAGAUCAGAUCUUUAAUCAAACCAUUCGAAUGCAACUCGUUCAUCAACUGUAAGAUAAAAUAGCCUUAUUGGUUUGUUUUAUAUUUGUAUAUUUUAAGAACGUAAUGCUGACAUCUGCCUAUAUUUCUGUAUUAAAGUUUUCUUAAUUCCAAGUAUAAAA